AUGGCCAUCAAAAAUAAGGAUAACCGCAAUUGCCAUGACGUUCGUGUUGCUGCCCUUGCUGCCCCUCCCACCAUCAUGGAUAUGGCUCGGGAAUUGCGAGAUGGUAUUGGAAUACUUAACUUCCUAGAGGGAAGGAACUUUCUCGUCACUGGUGCAACUGGAUUUCUCGCGAAAGUUCUCAUCGAGAAGAUUUUACGAGUCUCACCCAACGUAGGGAAGAUCUUCCUGCUGAUCAAGGCAAAAGACAAGCAAGCUGCCAUGGACAGAGUCAAAGACGAGAUAAUAGGUUGUGAGUUGUUCAAAUGCCUACGACAACAGUAUGGAGAAGGGUACACGAAUUUCAUGCUGAGCAAGCUCGUUCCAGUCAACGGCGACAUUCGGGAGUCGAACAUGGGGAUAGGAGACGAUUCGUUUUGCCAGAUAACGCAAGAAGUCGAUGUCAUCAUAAACUCAGCAGCCAACACAACUUUGGAUGAGAGGUACGACGCAGCUCUCGUUGCGAACACCAUUGCGCCUUCUCGGCUUUUAAGCUUCGCCAAGAAAUGCAAGAAACUGAGCCUUUUCUUGCACCUGUCUACGACAUAUGUGAAUGGAGAGAGACCGGGAAUAUUAAUGGAGAAGGCUUUUGAAAUGGGGGAUAGCAGAAUAGAUUCGUCGACUCAAGGCAAGUUGGAUGUCCAUCACGAAAUAAAUUUGGCUUCGAAUCUAAUCGAAACACUCCCUCCAAAUGAAGUGCCUCAGAAAUUGAAGGAGAUUGGCUUGGCCAGGCCAAGAAUGUAUGGGUGGCAGAACGUAUAUCAAAUGACCAAGGCCAUGGGGGAGAUGAUGAUAAACGCAGAUAGAGGAAGAGUACCGGUCGUCAUCGUUCGUCCCAGCGUGAUCGAGAGUACUUUUCAAGAGCCUUUUCCCGGAUGGAUUCAAGGAUACAGAGUGCUCGACCCCUUGAUCUUGUCCUACGGGAAAGGACGACUCCCUGGCUUCCUAGUCAAUCCCGACACAGUUAUGGACGUGGUACCGGCAGACCUAGUUGCGAAUGUGAUCAUCGCGGCCAUGGCGAAGCAUGGGAUCGUCGCGAGCCCAGGCAUCGACGUGUACCACGCCGCGUCGUCCACUGUCAAUCCGAUGACAAUGUGUGACAUGUUCGACUAUUCCCACGACUAUUUCGCAGCGUCUCCCUUGAUGGACAACCAAGGAGACGAGAUUAAAAUUGCCGAUAUGGAGUAUUUCAGCUCAAUCGACAGCUUCUCCUCUUACAUACAGAAGGACAUCGCAGAGAAAGGUGGAUUGAGCGAAGAAAUCGGCCCUAAUUUAAACCCGAAGGAACGUUCCAGGCUCGAAGCAAGAUGCAAGAGAAUGACAGAAAAUCUAAUUCACUUGGCUAAGCUGUACGAACCAUACAUGUUCUACCGGGCAAGGUUCGACAGUUGGAAUACACGAAAGCUGAUGAGACAAAUGUCGACGGAAGAGAGUAAUAAAUUUCCAAUGGAUUUGAAGAGCGUAAAUUGGGAGGAUUACUUUGCAAAUGCCCAUAUUCCAGGCCUAAAGAGGCAUGUCAUCAAGAAGCCAUCCUCCCCUCGACAAGAUUCCAUUUAAUCCCUAGAAAGUCAACAGCAAUCCUUGCCGUACGAUAAAGCUGAUGCAUUUACAGGGCUGGGAUUCCGGAUUCACGGAUCGAAUUCGGAUUCUAUGACCCUGUUAAUGCUAAGUAGCAUGCUCUCGUUUAACAUGCAAAAUAAAUUACGCAUUUAAAAAUCGGGUCAAUUUGUAUCUCUUUCGAACUUGUCGAUUAAUGUCCGUCUUCAUAAUUGUGUCAGUUUAGAAGUCGUCGCUCCACGUGCAUUAUUUAGAUUUGUCAUAUUUGUGGAAGUUUGUAAG